AUGUGGUUAAACAAGAGCUGCCCAUUUUUAACAGAAUUUUGGAUAUUUUGAGAAAAUUAAAGAAUAAUAUCAUGUGCUUUAAGAAUCUUUCUUCUUACUCUCUCUCUCUCUCUCUGUCUCUUUAAGAACACAUGCCCCCCCUUAAGCCACUUCUCUCACCAUCAUCCAUCAUUAUACUGUUCUUCUCCUUAUCUCUUGAAGCAAAAACGUUUCCUUUUUGUAUUCUUGCUCCGUUUUUGUUUUUGUUUCCCUUCUUUCAGUCUCUUUGUUUCCUUCUUAACCUUCAUUAGACUGUGACUUUGUAUUGUCCUAAAACAACAACAACAAAAACCAAACUUUCAAGUAACUAAGAUGUUUCAGAUUGUAGGCAAGAACCGGUGGAGACAAUCAUAUCGGUACAAGAAACUAACUGAGCAACAUGAAAAGCUGACAACAACAACACCACCACCAACGACAACAACAAGGUCAGGUAAAAGACAGUACUUGGGGAAGAAGAACGAGAUUCGAGCAAAAGGGUUUAGACUAAACCGAUCAAGGAAGCUGGUUCUUAAGGCGUUAGCUUUGCCCAGAAGGAUCUUUAACAUCUAUGUGCGUUUCACAAACCAGAUGAAUAGAGAAGGUUUGCAUCCUAACCUUGUUUUCUCUUCUCAUUGGGGUUUCCCUGUUCUGCUGAAUUCAAGAGGUGGGUUCCGUUAGACUGUUAGAGAAAAGACAUGUUGUCUGAUUACUAGAACAAGAUUUGCAACAUAAAUGUGUUCUUCACAUUAAAACCAAAAAAAAAACAUAAAUAUGUAAAACCGAAUGAUAACAUUACAUAAUACAUACGAUGUUCAUGUUCUUGUAAAUUACCAUGAUUUCGACUUGGGUGUAAUAAGAACAGAGUUCAAGAUUUGUUCGUUUUCA